GCGGAUGUGGCUGAUUCAACCCCGCAAAUUGCUUUCGUUGGUUCAUUCACUGGUUCCUUGGCCAAUCCAACCCUUGGGUCACGGUGACAAGUCUGUGCGACAAUCCUUGGGAAGAGAAAAAUACCUCAACGGGGACCCGAGUGCCGUUUAAGUACCUGUUUUGAGUAGUGGCUUUCCAAAUCGAACGGCUGGGACGACUGGUAAACUCCGCACCGGUGCUCCAGGAUCUGCACCUACGUUCCCGGUCCGGGAUACGAAUGUGGGGAUUUAAUCUGCGCCGGGGAUACACCCCUCCAGGCUUAAGCUUCUGCCUCUAUUUAAGUGCCUUGGUAGUCCUGGACUUUGCUUGCUAGAAAACAUUCAAUCGAAUUUUCUAGUGCUGUCUGAGAGGCACUGACAAUGAAACUCAGGAACCUCGCGCCCUGGGCGCUGCUCUUAACAGCAGUCCAUGGCCUUCCAAGCCAGGGGACUCGAAGCAAACAUACCCCUCGCGUCGCUAAGAUCUUAAAGCGGCACGAAGGCCCCAGCAAGGCCGCCGACUCAGACAAUGUGUAUGAGACGAAAUUCGACGGCGUCACUUGGGAUGAGGAGAAUUGGCUCCUCAAGACAACGACCUUAGACCAGGGCCAUUAUCAGUCGCGCGGUUCCGUAGCAAAUGGCUACCUUGGUAUUAAUGUUGCCAGUGUUGGCCCCUUCUUUGAGCUUGACGAAGAAGUAGACGGCGAUGUCAUCAACGGCUGGCCGCUCUUUUCACGACGACAGUCAUUCGCAACCAUCGCCGGUUUCUUCGAUUCCCAACCAGAGAUGAACGGUACAAACUUUCCUUGGCUGUCCCAGUAUGGAUGGGACACAGCGAUCAGUGGUGUUCCUCACUGGAGUGGACUGAUCCUUGACUUGGGCGAUGAUGUUUAUUUGGACUCCACGGUGGAUGAUAGUACUAUUACUGAUUUCCAAUCAACAUACGACUUCAAAGCUGGUGUCUUAUCGUGGUCGUACACUUGGUCGCCUGCGGAUAAAGGCUCCUUCCAAAUCACCUAUCGUCUGUUCGCGAACAAGCUGAACAUCACGCAAGCCGUGGUGGAUAUGGAGAUCAUUCCGUCCGUCGACGCCGAUGCGACCGUGGCGAACGUGUUCGACGGGUACUCGGCGGUACGAACUGACUUUGUCGAAUCUGGUCAAGACGACGGUGCGCUCUUUACGGCUGUGCGGCCCUGGGGUAUCUCCAACGUCACCGCGUAUAUCUAUGCGAACCUGACCGGAUCCGCCAACGUCGACCUUUCAACCCGCACUCUCGUGACUGGGAAGCCUUACGUGAACGGCAACGAGUCCUCCGUCGCGCAAACCGUGCAGGUUAAAUUCACCGCGAACGAGCCCGUCCGCAUCACCAAGUUCGUCGGCGGAGCCUCGACUGAUGCCUUCGCCAACCCCAAACAGACAGCCAAGGAAGCUGCUGCGGCGGCGCUGACAGCGGGCUACACCACUUCUCUGGAGUCGCACGCUUCCGAGUGGGCGAAUAUCAUGCACGAGAACUCGGUCGACCGCUUCACCGACCCAGCUACCGGAAAGCUCCCGGAAGACCAACAUGUCAUUGACUCGGCCGUCAUCGCUGUCACCAACAUUUACUACCUGCUGCAGAAUACCGUGAGCCAGAACGCCAUCGCAGCGGUCUCUAACGCGACUGUCAACGAGACUAGCUUCUCCGUCGGUGGACUCACCUCCGAUUCCUAUGCUGGUCAAGUCUUCUGGGACGCCGACGUCUGGAUGCAACCAGGUCUGGUGGCGUCGCACCCGGAAGCUGCACAGGGCGUGACCAACUACCGAGCUGCCAAAUACCAGCAAGCGAAGGACAAUGUCAAGACGGCUUUCGCCAGCUCGAAGAACCAAACUCGGUUUGACCCCUCGGCGGCCAUCUAUCCUUGGACCAGCGGCCGCGUCGGAAACUGCACGGCAACUGGUGCCUGCUUUGACUACCAGUAUCACCUGAACGGUGACAUUGGACUCUCCAUGAUCUAUCAAUGGGUCGCUAGCGGCGAUACGGAGUACUUCCAGGAGAAGCAUUUCCCGAUCUACGACUCGGUGGCGACACUGUAUUCCAAUCUUGUUGAGCGAAAUGGGUCUAGCUGGACCUUGACGAACAUGACCGAUCCGGACGAGUACGCAAAUCACGUCGAUGCAGGUGGCUUUACUAUGCCUCUCAUCGCUCAGACUCUGGACAAUGCCAAUAUGUUCCGCGAACAGUUUAACCUGGAGCCCAACGACACAUGGACCGAGAUUUCAGAGAACGUUCUGCUGCUGCGCCAGAACAACGUGACCCUUGAGUACACCUCGAUGAAUGGUACUGCCGUGGUGAAACAGGCGGAUGUCGUCCUCGUUACCUACCCACUGGCCUACGAGAGCGACUACACCGCUGAGAUGAGUCUCUCAGACCUCGACUACUACGCAAACAAGCAAUCGGCCGACGGCCCCGCCAUGACCUGGGCGAUCUUCUCCAUCGUAGCUAGCGACGUCUCCCCAUCCGGCUGCUCAGCCUGGACCUACCACCAAUACUCCUACGACCCCUACACGCGAGGCCCAUUCUUCCAGCUCUCCGAGCAAAUGCUCGACAACGCCAGCAUCAACGGCGGCACCCACCCAGCCUACCCAUUCCUGACCGGCCACGGCGGCGCAAACCAAGUCGUGCUAUUCGGAUACCUCGGCCUCCGUCUCCUCCCGGACGAAGCAAUCCACAUCACGCCCAACCUGCCCCCGCAGAUCCCCUACGUGAAAUACCGAACCUUCUACUGGCGCGGCUGGCCCAUCGCCGCCGAGUCCAACUACACCCACACCACGAUCCGCCGCGACACCAAAACCGCGCCUCUCUCCACCGCCGACGAACGCUUCCGCAACGCCACAAUCCCUGUCCACGUCGGCAGUGACGCAGAAAACGAAACCCACACCCUCCAGCCCACAGGAGCUCCCUUGGUGGUCGCGAACCGCCAAAUCGGCACAAUCCCCACCAUGCAGGGCAACCAAAUCCAAUGCCAGCCCAUCACGUCUCCGGACGAGUACAAGGCAGGCCAGUUCCCCAUCUCCGCUAACGACGGCGCUACAUCUACGAAAUGGCAGCCUGUUUCCUCGAAUCUCUCUUCCAUCACCGUUACGCUGUCAGAUACGCAGAUGGCGAAUGCCGUGUCCGGGUUCCAUUUCGACUGGGCUUCUGCGCCGCCGGUCAAUGCCUCGGUGAUCUUCCACGAGGAGGCUAUUGAGAACCCCGCUUCCGUUUUUGCGUUUGGCGUCCAGGACCAGGGUCAAGAUGAGGACGACGAGAAGUUUAGGGUUGUUCUUACUUUGACGGGUAUUGAGCCCUCGACGAUUUACACGGCCGAGGAGGAGAACCAGAUUCGCAUCCCCGUUGGAAAUACGACUACUGCGCAGCUUAAGGACACUGUGAAGCCGUCGCGGUAUGCCACUUUGUUGAUUGCUGGGAAUCAGGCCCUGGGUGCUGAGCAGGAGGAUGCCGGCGCGACGGUGGCGGAGUGGGUGAUUCUGAGCCAGGAAGGUGGACAGUCUCAGUCAGCUGCUACUGCGCAGAGGAGGGGCAUGAAUGUUAGAGAUAGAGCUUUGUUGGAGAGACUUUGGAAGUAGUUUUGGUUGCUUGCAGUGUG